CCAAAAGAAAGCAUGGGGCAAACCGCGGCCUGCCCUUCAAGCACCAUCCAACUUGCUGGCCAAUUGGGGCGUUGUGGCCUGCCUUGCAUCUCAGUGCUGUUUGUUCACAUAAUUGGAGGGACGACCCGAUAAAAUCAAGUUGUCUGACAUGAUCCCUGCGGUCUCUUCACCGUCCGCACAGCCCUCUCACUACGCUUGUGGCUGAAUCAUGAGUUCAUCCGGUUUGCCCCCCGCUGCUGGCGGCGCCCCCGGUUCUUCUUCCCCUCCCUCCCAACGGGCAUUUAGAAUAGGGCGGCAUCCGGCUCAGGAAUGGCUUGAGGAGGAUGAAGAAGAGGGCGAGGAUUUGGAUUAUGAGCCCAAUGAUACUGACGAAAGAGACGACGACGAUUCCGAUAUCGAACUGUAUGAGGAGGAUCACGACCAUCUAGAUAACAUUGAUGUCGAUGAUCCUAUCUUUAAUCCUGAAUUGCACCUCGGGAAUAUUCAAAUCGAGUUUGCAAUGGACGAGGCGGAUCAGAAUGGGAAUGGUGGAGGAAAUCAGGGCGGUAGACAGGGCAGAGUGUCGGCGGCUCGUUUAUUGAACCUUCUGGCGUCCAAUGGCCUACGGCACAUCUUACAUUACAAUGGCCUGCACGAAGCGUCUCCUGGAGACGAAGGGGACGAUGACUACGAGUUCGGCUUCUUUGGAUAUCGUCGACGAGCACGGCGAUCUGGGGAAAGCAAGCUCCCGAAGGUCCCGAGCGAUGAGGGCCAGGCGCUGAUGGCGUCGGGUGACUUCGGACGCAAUCCCCAUUACGGUGAUGUGCUCAAGCGGCGGAACCAGAGCCUUGCUUCCAAGGUCAUGUGGCGGGAAUUGGGAGUCAACAUGACAGGGGUCAACCGGCAGGAUAUUCGAUCGAUGGCUCAGGGUCUCAUCCCUAGCUCAGUGGCGGACAAGGUCAUCCAUUACGAUUCGCGCUGCUACUCGGGCCAGUUUUCGGACGACGGCAACUUCUUCUUUUGUUGUGCUCAGGAUUUCAAAGUCCGCAUGUACGACACUUCGAAUCCCUUUGACUGGAAGUACUACAAGACUGUGUCUUAUCCAUUCGGGCAAUGGACCAUCACCGAUGCCAGCCUGAGUCCGGAUAACAGAUUUUUAGCAUAUACAUCGAUCCGGAAUCUCGUCUGCCUCGCGCCCACUGACCCGGCUGACGAAUCCGAGCCAGCUGUCUUGGAUCUGUCUUCGAUCCCUGGACGACGAAGAAUGCGAUUUACUGGGAAUUCUCACUUUGGUAUAUGGUCGAUCCGCUUCUCGGGCGAUGGACGUGAGAUCGUGGCUGGCACUUCGGAUCAAUCCGUCAUUGUCUAUGACCUCGAGACACGACAGUCGGUUUUACGGUUACAGAAUCAUGAAGAUGACGUGAACGCCGUUUGCUUCGGUGAUCAGUCUUCGCCUCAUAUCAUAUACUCGGGCUCGGACGACACUACUUUGCGGGUCUGGGAUAGACGCUCGAUGGGCGAUGGGCGCGAAGCUGGUGUGUUCAUGGGACAUACCGAAGGAUUGACCUACGUUGACAGCAAGGGCGACGGUCGAUACGUGCUGUCGAAUGGCAAGGACCAGACGAUGAAGCUCUGGGAUCUGAGGAAGAUGAUGACCACGGCGAAGUUUGACUCGAUCGAUGUCAAUACGUUCACCACCGGAUUCGACUACCGAUUCGAAUCCUACCCCGAUGACUACUACGAGCCCCACCCUCACGACUGUUCGGUGGUCACCUAUCGCGGCCAUCGCGUCCUCAAGACUCUAAUCCGAUGUCACUUCUCGCCGCCCAACAGCACCAACUCGCGAUACGUAUAUUCGGGAAGCGAGGACGGCAAAGUGUACGUGUAUAACAUGGAUGCGACGCUAGCGGGCACGAUCGACGUCGGGCAGGCGACUCACAAUUCGCGCCCGCUCGAUCCCGACAUGUCGACCGCUGCAUAUGAGAUACGUAGUAGCCGCAGCGACGUGCUGUGGAAGACGUGCGUUCGGGAUGCGAGUUGGCAUCCGAGCUGCCCAGUCCUGGCGGCGACGUCGUGGAAUGGCUGGGGCCUGUCCACCGGCACCUGUACAUUGCACACCUGGAACGAUGGCGCCACUAGCGACGAGGGCGCUCCUCGCUUGGGAGGGAAUUACGACUGCAAAUUGAAUCCCGUGCGGGAAUUUGAUGAUUUCAAACAGACUAUGGCGGCAAUGUCUCGCAGCCGGCCGGUACAAAGAUCCCCGCUGGAUGACGAAUACGCCUACGAACUAUGGUAGGUUCUCCAGCGGUAUAGUAUACAGAAGUAGGCGAGUCCACUGCGUAUAAUCGGACUGCUCACAAAAGGUGUUGGUUCAUCUUAUCUGGGAGCGUAUGAUUGUUUUGGAAGUUUAGUGUGCUCGACACGUACUCUGCGAAGCAGCGAUAGAAUGUCCCCCAGCUAGUCUAGCUUGCCACAUAUUAUAUAGUAUGAGUAUAUUC